GUCCCGCGGCCGCAUGAGCCGCGCGCGGGGGGCGCUGUGCCGGGCCUGCCUCGCGCUGGCCGCGGCCCUGGCCGCGCUACUGCUGCUGCCCUUGCCACUGCCCCGCGUACCGGCGCCGGCCCCCGCCCCUGCCAGGGCUCCCAGUCCGAGCCCCGGCCGGCGGGCAUCCCCCACCCGACCCGCCUCCGUCCCCCGCCUGCGGCCGGACGACGUCUUCAUCGCUGUCAAGACCACCCAGAAGAACCACGGGCCACGCCUGGGGCUGCUGCUGAGCACCUGGAUCUCCCGGGCCCGCCAGCAGGUUGUCUCUCCCCAGACGUUCAUCUUCACGGACGGGGAUGACCCUGAACUGCGACUCCGGGCAGGCAGCCACGUCAUCAACACCAACUGCUCGGCCGUGCAUACCCGCCAGGCCCUGUGCUGCAAGAUGGCCGUGGAGUAUGACAAGUUCAUCGAGUCCGGACGCAAGUGGUUCUGCCACGUGGACGACGACAACUACGUGAACCCCAGAGGCUUGCUGCGGCUGCUCUCCACCUUCUCACCCAGCCAGGACAUCUACCUGGGCCGGCCCAGCCUGGACCACCCCAUCGAGGCCGCCGAGAGGGUCCAGGGAGGGGGCACCGUAACCACCGUCAAGUUCUGGUUCGCGACGGGUGGAGCCGGCUUCUGUCUGAGCAGAGGCCUCGCUCUGAAGAUGAGCCCCUGGGCCAGCCUGGGCAGCUUCAUCAGCACGGCCGAGCGUGCGCGGCUGCCGGACGACUGCACUGUGGGCUACAUCGUGGAGGGGCUGCUGGGCGCGCGCCUGUUGCCGAGCUCGCUCUUCCACUCCCACCUGGAGGACCUGCGGAGGCUGCCGCCCGACGCCGUGCUGCAGCAGGUCACCUUGAGCUACGGGGGUCCAGAGAACCCACAUAAUGUGGUGAAUGUGGGAGGCUUCAGCCUGCAGCAGGACCCCACACGGUUCAAGUCUGUCCACUGCCUUCUCUACCCAGACACGGAUUGGUGUUCUAUGCACAAGCAGAGUGACCUCGUUGCUCGGUGACCCUGACUCCCAACCCAGGGAGCAGGACCGUUGCUGACCCUUUCCGCCCUUGGCUCUCUUAGUUGGCCACGUCCAAGGAGAUGGGGGUGCUGCAGGCCUCCCCCAGAGCGCCCCCCCAGAGCCCCUGGCGGGCCAGAUGACCAAGCUCUCUGGGUGAGCGGCCUGCCCCCGCCCAGGGGUCCAGGCUGUGCAUGUGCCAGCUGCCGCAGAAGGCGGGAGGGGGAAAUGUGGGUCCUCCUUCCAGCGCAGCCCCCAAGGUGUGCUCCCACAGGAAAGGUGUCUACCCUGGGACCUAGGGGCCUGGGAGGAGGCUGGCUUGUGCUCCCAGGGCCCCAUCCUGCCCUCCUCACCCUGCUGGAGAGGGGGUUCCGGGCAGACUAGGCUCCCUGAGUGGGCUCCAGGCCAGGGUCGUGCGUGGGCUCCGUCGGCAGGCCAUCAGUGGGCACGGAGGCUGCACCGGCAGGCCUGGAGCGGGGAGCCGCCCUCCCCCCACCCGGCUGGUCUCUGAAGGCGCUGCAGUAAGGCCUCCGGCCAGCGGGCUCGGAACCCAGCUUACUCCUGCCCUGGGCAUCGCCACCUGGAGGCCGCCUCACCGGGUUCCUUCAGCCAAGGUCUUUGUAUCAUCUCUCCACUCCGACCCACCGCUCAGUGCUUUUCCUCCCUGACCUCGCCCCUGCCCCAAGUCCAAAAAGCAGCAGGGCCCUUCUGUUCCGGGCUCCCCCUGCAGGGCGGUGCCCCCGCCCCUGCAGCCCCCACCCGCCUUAACUGUGCCUUUCCGCGGAAGAGAGAGGGGAAUGAGGGAACUCGGCACUUUCGCCCUGGGUCCUGGCUGCGCAGUUGCCGGAAGUGAAUAAAGGCUUGUUACUCU